AUGGAUCUUUUGGAAAACAGUUUUUGGUUCAGACCAAUGACCGUUUUGAAAUUCAGUGAUGACGAAGAGCUGACGGACUUGUCUGAAAUGCUCAUCCCUCGGACUAAGGACGCUCCUCUACUCCGGGCAAAAUCUGUACCUCCCCCAAACCUGGAUGAUGAAGAUUCGGGACUUGGGAUGGAAUACGAUGAAUUUUUGGCGAAAAAGGUGUUAACGGUACAGAACGAGACUCCGUGUCGAUCACAGACUCCAAACACAAAACAGUCCUAUAGUGUACGAAGGUCUCGGUUCGAGAAGUCUAAGCGCUCCAUCACUAAGAAACCAAUACAAUCACAGAGACAAACUACGUCAUCGUCACGUGCUCUGACCAAAUCAUUGUCAUUUGGGGAUGAACCUUUCGAAAAUUCAUCUCGAGACGUCAUUUCCGCUGUUGAGAGAUUGGUCGAGGAAGAGAAUCUGACAGGAAAUGGGGAAACCACAUACAUUUUACCCACAAUUCCUGGCAAACACUCUGACCUCAAAAGCAUCACACCGAAGAUUAUGGCCGACGUUUUGGAAGGGCGAUAUGAUGACGUCAUCAACAGCUAUCGCAUCAUCGAUUGUAGAUACCCUUACGAGUAUGAGGACGGUCACAUCAAGAAUGCUGAAAACUUAUUUACCCCUAACCACAUUCUAGACAUUUUGAGAUCAUGCACAUACGAAGAAGGAGAAAGACAUAUCCUAAUCUUUCACUGCGAAUUUUCUUCAGAAAGGGGCCCGAGAAUGUCCCGAUUCCUCCGAAGUCAAGACAGAGAAAUGAACACCUGCCGAUACCCUUUUUUGAAUUUCCCGGAAGUGUAUUUGUUGCAUGAUGGCUACAAACAAUUCUAUCAGUCACACAAAGAAUUCUGUCAGCCAAUUAGUUACAGACCUAUGCUUCAUGAAAACCAUGCCGAUGAUUUACGUCACUUCCGGUCUAAGCCGAAGUCCUGGUGUGCAGAUUCGAAAAAACGAAGAUCACAGCUUUUAGCUUUUUAA